GAACAAACCCCACAAAGCCUCACGAUCGCGAGGGAACCUCUUCAGCUUCAACAUCCUUCUUCCUAUCAGUGUAUCGAACUUUGUUAUAUCCUGCAUCCUCAAGACGCGACGUACAGUAUUCGAGUCGCCGCUCUGCUGUCGAUUGUUCUACAGUUCCCGUUCUAGAUUUGUACCAUCUACGACCAUUGAGCUGGUGUGCAAUAUGGAGCCAACAGCAGCUGAUCUUUCGAAGCUAUAUGCACUUCUUCUUGAUACCGUUUGCCAUGGAACUCUUGACGAUCUAAAGUCAAUCUUGGCAGCCACGCCAAGGAGCGUGGUCGCCCAGCUCAACUACGGUGGCGAGACGCGCACUGCGAUUCUUAACAGCGCCAUAGUGCGGCGGUACUACCAGCUACACGAUAAGCUCGACUACGACAACACAGUCGAGGUUCCAGCAGGCCGCGAUCUAGCCCGCCGCAAGCAGUUUUAUGACGCAGUGAAACUCCUGUUGGAUCACGGCUUUAGUCCUGACGAUAUAGGGCCCGGCGAGGAUGAUUAUGGGCCGUGCACGAUAAGUCCCGUGCAACUGGCCGCAGAAACGGAUGAUUCGGAGAUCUUGCAGUUGCUCCUGGACGCUGGGGCGGAUCCGAAAAGUCACUAUAGCGAUAGCACUGGCCCUUCGUCGCCAUCCGAUGUUUCCGGACCACCGCUGCAAUCGGCCGCGGCGAAUGGAAGCCUCGCUGCACUAGAAUGUCUCAUCAAUUGGUCGAAAAAACAUCCUGAUAGUUUUCAACUCUCGGAGGGCGAUAAAGCGGAUGCCCUGCUCGCGUCUGCGUAUUAUAUCUUCCCGGGCGCAUUGCAAGUCCUGCUAUCAUCGUUUCCUUUCUCAAAGGAUACAUUGAGCAAGGCAUUGAGUGUCGCAGUGGCGUCCAGCAUCAUAGAUACCGAGUUCUCAUCUAGGUUUCCCGUUGUGCAUCCGGGGGAAGAUGAUAUAUGGCAGGCGCAAAUCAAGACUGCGCAAAAGCUAUUAAAUGCGGGUGCAGACGCAAAUCACAUUACCGAUCGGGGACACAGAUUGCUCAAUACAGCAACACGUACAGCAAAAGGCCCUGACAUCGUUCGCCUGUUGAUAGACCACGGCGCACGUGUUGAACAAGCCGUUGAGGAACCUUCCCUCUCAGCCCUCCGGAAGGGGAACACCGACCUGGUCAGGACGUUCCUGGACCUGGAUCUCAUCCCCUCACAGUUUAGUAUCGAUGGAGUAUCCUGCACGCCUCUCCACAUUGCCGCAGUCCACGCGCCGGUCGACACCCUCAAGCUCCUAGUCUCCGCGGAGCUCGACCCCUCAGCUAGAGACGCAAACGGAUGGACCGUCUUCCACUACGCAUGCAAAGAGUGCCGCGUCGAGAACUUGAGAUACCUCCUCAGCCUGAACCUUGACGCUAUUCAUCAGCUAACCCCCGACGGCUGGACCCUACUCACUAUCGGGUACAAAACAGACGCAAGGUAUUACGAUGAGGGUGCGGGGUACCUGGUCGAACAAGGGGCCGACGUCAACACUCCUAUCCCGGAGACACCGAAAUACACCCCUGUGCAUAUCGCCGCGAAAGAGGGUUACUGGGAUUUGCUCGAACUCCUUCUUGAACGGGGAGCCCUGAUAACACAAGCGGAGGGGACUGGCGAGAGUCCGCUUCAUUUUAUGGUCUGGGACGACGAGGUUCACAGUGGGACGAAGACUUUGCUGAAGCACGGUGCUGAUAUCAAUGCGCAGGAUAGCGAAGGGAGCACGCUGCUACAUAAGCUCUUCAAGGUGGACCCGCGCAGGUAUUACAAAGACAUUGUUCAGUUUUUGCUUGAAUCUGGGGCAGACCUUUCCAUCAGGGAUAAACAGGGGAAGACGCCCAAGGACUGGAAUGAUGAGCUGCCUGAAUGUCGGCGUUGGAGGGGCUCAGACUGGCCUGGGGUGCAAUUAUAGUUUUUAUGUUGGUUUACGACAUAUUUAUUGUGGCCAAUCUACGGAUAUCCAUACGUUUGGAUCUAACCAAGCGGCUCUCCACGUACUUCAUGCAACACUCCAAAGACUGGAAGUU